AAAUGAUAAACCUCCUCCUCUCAUGUUGUAGAUACUCGGACGAGGAGUGAUGGAGACACCAUACCAGCUUUUCAUGUUGAUAUCUGUGGUCCUUCCUUAUGAUGGGUUGUAUCAAGUGUCUGCACAGAGUGGCCCCAAUGUCUGCUAUAGGCAAGUGACCUACUACACCAGGGCGAGAGUGUGUGCCUACGGGACCUGGCAAAGUUGUUGUUACUACAAAUAUGUCACGAAAUGUAAUUUACGGACCAUAAGUUAUUGUUGUUCAGGCUAUACCGAUGUAGGCGGGAGAUGUGAACCCGUAUGUUUUGGGAUGACAGGCAGACAAGGUUGCAGCAAUGUUGGUAACUGUGUGGGACCAGACACCUGUAGCUGUGACUCUGGUUAUAGAGGACCCCAGUGUAACAACAAGAUAGCUUGUUCAGAAACAAAACCAUGUUACCCAGGCAACUGUCCAAGUGUAGACAACUGUCAGUGUUCGGAUGGUUUUGGAAGUCCAAACUGCACGACGAUCUUGGCCUCGCCAAUAAUCACAUUGGCUUCAGCAGUGCUGGCUUAUAACCACCCAAUGAAAAGGAUGGAUAUUUAUAACUACACUACUGACGCCACGACUGAAAGUGGUACCGGAAGUGGUGAUAGCGCUUCCAUCUGGGCUAAUUUCGAUCAAUUCAAUAAAAUCAGAGGAACUGUGUCCGCAGCAUUUGGCAUGGAGUCUAAACUAUCUGCGCUACCUAGCUAUGUCACCAGCUCCAAGAUUGGAGUGGCUGUAGCAACAAUGGAGUGGCAGUUGGAGAAACUGACAAACGGUGUACUUACUAGACAGGGAGGAAGCUCUAGAAUAUGUAGUGAGGUUUCUACAAACAACCCAGGAAGCAUCUUAGAAGAAUGUCAGAUAGAGUUCACCAACGUUCUGAACAUCGACAGUGGAGAUGUAUUCAAAUUGACAUUUCAAGUUGAGAAUGGUGGGUUUGAAUAUCUGAGAGGAAAUAUCCGUCUACCAUUCACACAACAAAGCUCUAUGGCUUCGAAGUCUUCCGUCACAUACAGAAUAGAUCUGGACAAACCUACAGUAAACACCAACACAGCCUUCAUUGUCGAUGAACCGUUCACAAGAACCCAGAUUGUUACCCGUUGGUCGGGGUGGAAUGACCCUCUAGCAGGAAUGGAGUCGUACAACUGGGAAAUAUUUGAACUUCAAAACAAGAGUGGAACUCAGCGAUAUGUAACAAGGAGCAAAGCAGAUUGUAUAAAUCCACAACUAGGACCAGAAUGCAACCCAUUCCUAGAUCCCAUAUUUAGUCAAAAGUUUAAUCACACUGGUGGGGAAUUGUCAAUGUCCUACACACCAACAAAUCCGGGUGUUUUUGCCAUGAUAUUAGAGGCUUCAGACAGAGCCAAUAAUUCAGACUACGUCUCUCGAUACGUAGUAUACGAUCCAAGUUCAACGAUAGAGAUACAAACGGGGGAUGAUGACAUUAAAGCGCUGUCUGGGUCCAAAAACGCAAGCUUUAAAUGGCAAGUCUUAUCUUCCUCUUCGCAGAGUAGCUUAAAUUUAGAAUUCUCCUGGAGAGGUCAUUUUAUCAAUCGUGUACAUCAUGAGGGAGGAUUUCUUAACAACAUUGAGGACUAUACUCCUCAACUACAGGACAUUAAUACAGGCGACAAUAAAUUCCCCAAGACUGUCAACGUGAAAUAUAACGUCGUUGGCGGAAACGGUCUGACUGGGAGUUUGAUUCCAAAUGAAUUCGGAAUUACAAAAUUUCAAACUUAUCUUGAUGAAACUGGACAGCAGAAGGUUGACGUCAAGGGAGUUAGCUGGAUAGACCAAAAUAUUAAAACCACUGCUUCCUUUACAUUGGCGAAAACUGUUUCAGAGGGUGACUUUGUCACGUUGUGGGUAAAGGCCGAAGACAAGAUUGGAAACGUUAAACUUUCUUCUCUUCCUCUCGGAUUUGACUCCAGUAAGCCAUCCAUUUAUAAGCCGAGUUUUAUGCAGGAUAUGGGAACCAAAUAUAUAUACGGGAGCAAAUUAUGGUUUAAAACUGCGGAUGAACAUAGCGGCAUAUCUCAAAUCUCUUUCAACAUCAUUAACAAAUCAAAUAACACCAUAGCAGCAAACGGCAGUGUUCCAGUAAACACAUCGAACGUGGAAAGAGGAUUUUCGGAUGAACGCUAUCGAGUUCGGGAUACGUUUUAUUUUUACCAACACGAGUUAGAAAUUAACAAUUGCUGGUUUAGGGUCCCGAAAUCAAGGCAAGCUACCGAUCGCUUUGAAGUGGAAAUUAUUGCAUACAACGGUGCCAUGCUUCAGUCUCGACAAGCAAUUGACGUCAAUUUGAACAGUUUUAAAGGAAUUGGUCAAUAUCAAGCUGUGAAGGACGUAAAUCUUCUACAAAACACAGGGAACGGCGUCCGUUUUAGCUUUAAUUUGACCGAAUCAUGCUACAAACGACAGAACAUUAUACUGAAAUACAACGAUGGCCAGGAUCACGAGAAGUUGAUAAAUCCCUCCGCGGACAAGUACGACCUUCUUGGUCUUCAGCCCCUCACCGCUUACAACGUCAGCUUUGUAGUUGAAUACGACGAAGGGGACAUAAGUGAUCCAUUUUAUUACUCUUUCAGGACCGGAGCUGCUGAAAGGCAAGUUAGCGAAAAUUUGACAACAGGUGGAAUAGCUGGAAUUGUUGUAGCCAUAUGUCUAUUGCUGUUGUUUGCUGUCUUCAUUUUGGUGAUGUGGAGAACUGGUCGUCUCCGUAAGGUGGAAGCUGUCGUUGCUCCAAUCAGAAACACGAUCAGACGUCGCAGGGACGGUAACACUGGAGCUAUUGGUUACAAACAAUAUACGACGGGAGGUUAUGAUCAGGAUGAAAUCUAUAUGUACGGAGAAUAUGCGUAUGAAAAAGAACCCGAUUGGCAUUUCCGAAUGGAAGAUGUCACUCUGGACAUAUUGCUGAAGACAGGAAGAUUUGCGAUGAUUUACAAAGCUACUCUAAACAAGCAUGGAAAACCUAAAGAAUGCGUAGCAAAAACACUUAGAGAUGGAUACUCAGAUGAAGACAAGGUGUUGAUGAAAGCUAAAAUUAACUUUUUUGGAGCAAAGGUUGGAGAGCAUCCUUGUGUUUUAGGAUUCUUUGGAGCAGUGGUAGCUGAACAAUCAAUGGGACCGAUAAUGUUGCUGGAGUACUGUGAGAACGGAACGCUCAAGGAUUGGCUAACUGAUCACCAAAGAGCAGUGUCAGAUGACGUCAUAGAAAAUCUAUACCGAUUUUCUUACGACAUAACAAGAGGGAUGGUUUAUUUAGCAAGCAAAGAUAUUAUCCACAUGAGACUUGCAACCAGAAACGUAUUUCUGAACAAGAGCUUGAGUGCGAAAAUAGCAGGAUUUGGUCCUCGACAAGGUGAUGAUGAAGAUGAGUCAGGCAAAAAGGAAAGAAUCCCCGUAAAAUGGAUGGCCCCUGAAUGCUUGAACAAAACUGGAACUGCCUCUGAGAAGAGUGAUGUUUGGUCAUAUGGAAUAACCAUCUGGGAAAUCUUCUCUAUAGGUGCAACACCUUACGAAGAUGUAAGAAGCAGAGAUCUUCCGAAAUGGAUCAAACAAGGAAACCGCCUGAGUAAACCUGAAUAUACCGACGACUUACACUAUGAAAUUAUGAAAAAGUGCUGGAACUUGAAGCCAACUGGGCGACCAUCAUUUGCGGAAAUCAACAAAGAAAUUGAGUCUCUGUUUCGUCAAUCAUCCGGGGAUUUGUAUUAUUAUGAUUCCUCACAGAAAUAGAACAUCGCGGGGUUAUCAUAUCUACAUGGGAACUGUUAUUCUUCUGCGACAUAUAUUUGAUUAUCAGACGAAAUUUUCCGAAUUUUUAAAGAAAUGUAAGAGAGCCUGAGAUUGUCAUAUUUACAUGAAGGCUGUAAUAACUACGAAACCUCACAAAGCAGAUCUUUUGAUAAGAUUUGUGUUUUAUGAGAUUUGAUUAGAAAUGAAGAUAUUUGUCACCGCAGCAAUUUGUUUGAUUAUCUAAUAUGUAUGCACGUUUCUAGCAUAACAGUUUAUUCAGUAUUUUUUUUUGCUUUUUUGGCUAAAUAAUAUUAUAUCUAUAAUUUUGUAUUUUUAAUGGCCGCCAUACUUAUUGAUAAUUAUUAAAAUUCAUUUAAAAAAAAAAUACAAUUAAUAAUUAUGAAUUAUUUUUUUAGUUGGUCUUGUAAUUUUAAAGUAAAUCUACAUGUCAGGUUUUAAUUUUAAAUGAACUUAAAUUCUUAUCUGAAUUCAAUAAGGAACGGUUUGGUUAUUUUUUUUUUUUGCAUUAUUAUGGUUAGGUCAAUGACAAUUAUGCAUUUGUAUGAUGUGAACACCAAAAACAUUUGUUAAUCUUUGAACUUUUGUUUAACACUUCUGUAUCAUUUUUAUAAGGUUAAUGUUGUCAAAUGUGUAUAUUCGUGUUAAUCUUUGAAAGUGUAUUUUUUUACUCUAUCAUAGCGUUUGUCAUUUUUCUGAUACUUGCUUCUGAGUUGCUCAUUCAUGAAUAGUUUUUAAAACAAUAUAAUUCAUGUAUAAAAGUACAUGUAGCAUAUGAUCAUACAUGUAUGUGUGCUUUACUAUGUAAGUACUUGCAUUCCUAUAAAUGCAUUGUGUUGUACACACAUGUUAAAAUUACUGUAUUAAAUAAAAACUUUU